UUAGAUUAUAAUCUUAACCUUAGACUACUUGACGCUACAGUUUUAUUAUUCUCAUGUAAUUAUUCGUAUUUGAUUCAGUGCGCGGUUACACUCAAGAACUUGUAGAUUCAUUUAAGCUGAGAUUCGUUUUACAAAUAUGAAAAAUUUGAAAUAUCUGGCAUUUUGCAUUUCAAGAAAUUAUUGUAGUCAAUCUAUUAGACAGAAACAGGAAAUCGCAAAUGCGUUAAUAUCGCACGAAUCAUUCGUCAAAUUUCAAAAUUCUGUACCUGAGAUUGUAAAUACUAUUUUGAUUAAACGAGCUCAUUUGAGUUUAUUAGGAGUUGAAGAUCAUAUUAAAAAGAUUGCUGAUUACGGUUUAUACAAUGGGAACAAAUUAAGUAGCUCCCUUCUGCUGUACACAUAUAAAAAAUUGGAGACUGGAAAAAGUAUGACUGAGCAAUCUCUUUAUUUAGCUCACGUACUCGCUUGGGCGGUGGAAAUGUUUCAUUGUUUAUUUAAUAUUUUGGAUGAUAUGCAAGACAAAACAAAUGCACAAGUUAAAAAUGUGCAUUUGCUCUCAAAUGCCAAAGCCGGUGCUAAUGAUAUGUGCUUAAUUAUAAGUUCUAUAUAUGAAAUGUUGAAUGUACAUUUUUCUGGGAAAACAUUUUUUAGUAAAAUUGUAAAUUUAUUCAAUACGGCAUUCCUGUAUAAGGCGACUGGACAACACUUUGACUUAACAACUUCUAAAGCGAUGAGCGGAAAUACAACACUAUUUACAAUGGAACAAUAUGAUAAUUUUGUUUAUUUAUCAAAUACUUAUUGUUCUUUACAUCUUCCAAUUUAUUUGGGAAUGACAUUGGCCGAUAAAGUAAAUGAAAUGUAUUGUGAAGAUGUACAGGAUAUAUGUACUGAUAUAGGUAAACUAUUACAAAUGCAGGAUGAUUAUCAAAAUUGCUUCGAAGAAAAUGAUAUGAUAUAUAAGAGAGGAACCGAUAUUGAAAAAGGCAAGUGCACAUGGUUGGCAGUUACAGCGCUACAGCGCUGCACACGUCCGCAACGAAUCGUGUUUAAAUCAUGCUACGGUAGUGCUGAACCAGCUCACAUGGAAAGAAUUAAGUUGUUAUACAAACAGCUUAAAUUGCCACAGCUAUACAAAGAACAGCAGAAGGCUACCAGUAAACGUAUAGUGGAGAGAAUGGGGAUGUUAUCAAAAAAUAACAAAGGCGAAACGCUGCCACCUGAAUUGUUUGAGCAUUUCCUGAAACCCAAUAAUGUAGAGUUGUAAGAUAUAAACAACGUGGUGGCAGGCCUAAUAAAGCUAAUAAACCUUUCCAUCCUUACUACAGUAUUAUUAUCUCCGCGACGUGUUACCUUCCGAUACCGUGCUAGUAAAUGUCGCGGAAGAAGUAAAAAAUCAAAUUGAUCCUAUAAGCGGCAAUAAUAUAUUGUUGAAUAAUAACUAUCACAAAUUAUGCUGUAUUAUAUUUAUAUCACUUUACUCAUAUUUUAAACUCGGGGAUGACCGACUAGUUUCGUAUUUAAUAGGAGCCCUUAAUAAUGCGCGCAUGCGCAGCGUUCGUAGUGGUGCAUUCCCGAAUUUAAAACGUGUGUAAAGCCAACAUAAAUAAUUUCAUUAUAUUGUUUUAAGGAUAGCGGCUGUUGUAUAAUUGAAACUAAUUACUACAUUCUAUCAUAGUAUAUUCCAAAAAUAUAAUGUUAUACAUAACAUUGCUUCUAUAUCGAGUUACGUUACAAUGGUUCAGUGGGACUGAACCAAAACGACAUUAGGUACUUACAAAUAAAUGACUCAUAUCAACAACUGCUAAAUUAUAGGUACUUACACAUUAUAAGUAAUGACAUUUUAUAGAAAGAUUAUACAUCUAUACAGGAGCAAUUUAGAAGUAAUCGCACCCAUUCGUUCACAUAGUAGUCUAUAAAAAAAAAAACAAA